AGACUGAAUAAAAUUUUAUUUUUAUUUCAUAUUUCAAGUCAGCGAAGUAGAGAGGAAGUGUUGACUCCUCUACGGCCCAUCGCCAAUGGAGUACUACUGUUCUAUGUGAAAAUACUUAAAUUGAGUACAAGUACAGAAGUAAACACUGGGUCUGGUAUAAUUUAGUACCGGUACCACAUGUACUUCUAGUUAGCCUAGCUCAAUUUUGGGGUCUCCUGAAGUACGCGCCGCAAGUACUUAUAGUUGGCCUGGCUCAACAAUUUUUGCAUAUGUAAUUUCUAACCCUCAGAUGACUACGUCAUCCGGAAAUUACAUCACUGCGAAGUCGCAAUGACGUAAUACGGCCCUUCAAAGUAUACGAAUGGUUGCACAGACAAUCAUCCAAAGUCGAGCAAGCUAUUUCCUGUCAUCGAAACGAUACCGGUACCGAUAAAAGAGAGAUCGCUGCACAGAUGCCAUUUCGGACGAUCGUAACUAUACUUUAGCAAGCUCUAUGACGCGAUUGUGACGCAGUGAUGUAAUUUCCGGAUGACGCAGUCAUGUGGAGGUUAGAAAUUACAUAAGCAUAUGCAAAAAUUGUUGGGCCAGGCCAAAUAUACCGGUCAGCAAUAGCGAGGACUUGCAAACGGCUAUGGCUGAUGUUAGAGCAGGGAUGUCGUAUGCGAAAGCAGCUAAACGCAAUGCCCUGAAAAGGUCGACAUUAUACGACAAAAUGAAGAAGACUCACACUAAAAGUAUUGGUCGCCCGACUGGUUUAACCAAUGAAGAGGAGAAGCGAUUUGCUAAUAGCCUCGAAAUCAUUGCACGUUGGGGAUAUCCCAUUGGACCGGAGGACAUGUGCAACAUUGUCAAAAAUUAUUUGGAUGCAAUGGGAAUAAGCUCUCCUACGUUCCCCAACAACAAACCCGGCCCGAUGUGGGUGGAUAAUUUUUGCAAAAGACAGCGGUUAUCCAAGAGAGUUGCCUCAAACAUUAAAAGAGCACGUGCAGCCGUGGGGUCAGAGGAAAUAGUGAAUUACUUCAACGAGAUUAAAGAAAUAGCGACGCGUUUACCUGCAACGAACAUCUUCAACUACGAUGAAACGAAUCUUUGUGACGAUCCGGGCAGAAAACUUUCAAUAGUUCCAACCGGUACAAAUAGAGUUGAGAUGAUUCAAGAUAUCUCAAAAAGCUCGAUAUCUAUCAUGUUUUGAGGAUCUGCCGCUGGAAGCCUUUUGCCCCCUAUGGUUGUCUAUUCCGCGCUAAACAUCUACGAGUAUUGGACCACCGAUGGGCCUGAAGGGACAAUAUACGACGCAACACCCAGCGGAUGGUUUGACACCAGAACCUUCAUCCGCUGGUUCAAAGAGGUACGGUAUUUCUCCCGUAUUGUGGCAAACUAGACGGCGACAAAAUGCUCGCAGGUGAUAAUUUGUCAUCGCACUUAACCAUGGAGGUUGUUGAAUUAGCGGAUGAACACAAUGUUUAUUUUACGUGCCUGCCACCCAACAGCACUCAUAUACUCCAGCCUCUCGAUUGUUCAUUUUUUCCCCACUCAAAGCAAAGUGGCGAAAAAUAGUAGCCGACUGGAGAGCAGAAUCACGAAUUCGUGGUUUCCCGAAAGAACAUUUCCCUUUGUUAUUAAAAAAACUUUUUCAAAAAUCGGCCGAAACAUCUGCCCAAAAUCUGAAAUCGGGAUUCCGAGUUUGUGGGAUCCACCCGUUUAACCCCACUGCGGUGCUGUCUAAACUACCACCUCACGAAUUCAUUCCUCAGACGUCAAUAGACAAGAAAUGAACGACCAGGCUACGUCUACUCUCAUUACCUAUUUAAAAUCUAUACAUUCAACAAGCACAAGUCAAGUGAAACGAAAGCGAGGAUCGAAAGUCACACCGGGCAGGAACCUCUGCCGAGCCGAUCAACGGGGAGCUCUGAGAAAAUCAGAAAAGUGAUAAUCAAGACGAAACCUGCUCUGCUUGUGGAUUAUGGAAUGAUCCAAAUGGAAGUACGGAAAUUGAGGAUGAAUGGGUCGGUUGCGAAAGCUGCAGCGAAACACAUUGGUUCCACAAGAACUGUUGUAAA